CCCUGGCACAGGCGGAGGCGGCGUUGAAGAGCUGCGGGGCUGAGAAGCCCCGGCAUGGAGGCGGCGGCAGCAGUGGCUCUGGCCCGGUGGCGGCGGCGCCGGAGGCGGCGGCAAAAAGUGGCUACAGGGUGAAUAUGCUGGUUCCUCCUUCAUUCACAAAGUCUACAUCCAUGGAUACAGACUUUCCCAAUAAAGCUUCUUGUGACAGAAGAAUGUGCUUCUACUGGAUUACAUGCUCUACAUGCUAUGUUUAUCAUCUAGUAGUAGUCAGAAAAAUGCUUCAUGAAAGUUAAUAUUGUGCCCGGUGACCCUUUUCAGGCUCACUAGCCAUGCCAGGCAUUGUGGUGUUCCGUCGUCGCUGGUCUGUGGGAAGUGAUGAUCUUGUUUUGCCUGCCAUUUUUCUCUUUCUUCUUCAUACAACUUGGUUCAUCAUCCUUUCUGUGGUGCUCUUUGGACUGGCAUACAAUCCCAAUGAAACCUGCUCUCUCAAUCUGGUGGACCAUGGCAGAGGUUAUUUGGGUAUUUUGCUCAGCUGCAUGAUCGCUGAAGUUGCAAUCAUCUGGCUCAGCAUGCGUGGCAGCAUCUUGUACACAGAACCCCGGGAUUCCAUGCAAUAUGUGCUAUACGUCAGACUGGCAAUCUUGGUGAUUGAAUUUGUCUACGCUAUUGUGGGCAUUGUUUGGUUAACCCAGUACUACAGUUCCUGCAAUGAUGUUACUGCCAAGAGUGUUACUUUGGGAAUGGUCGUCUGCAACUGGGUAGUCAUUUUGAGCGUCUGCAUCACUGUCCUCUGCGUCUUUGACCCAACAGGACGGACUUUCGUUAAAUUGCGAGCCACAAAGAGGAGACAGCGCAAUCUAAGAACAUAUAACCUGAGGCAUCGCUUGGAAGAAGGCCAGGCUAGCAGCUGGACCCGCCGUCUCAAAGUUUUCCUCUGCUGUACACGAACAAAAGAUUCACAAUCAGAUGCUUACUCUGAAAUUGCAUAUCUCUUUGCUGAAUUUUUCCGAGAUCUUGACAUAGUCCCAUCUGAUAUUAUAGCAGGCCUCGUUCUACUACGUCAACGACAAAGGGCAAAACGCAAUGCGGUAUUGGAUGAAGGAAACAAUGAUAUACUAGCUUUCUUGUCGGGAAUGCCAGUUACCAGGAACACAAAAUAUUUGGACCUGAAAAACUCACAAGAGAUGCUGCGAUAUAAAGAAGUAUGCUAUUAUAUGCUCUUUGCUUUGGCUGCUUAUGGCUGGCCCAUGUAUUUGAUGAGGAAGCCUACCUGUGGACUCUGUCGCUUGGCCAGAUCCUGCUCUUGCUGUUGCCUCUCUGCUACUCGGCCCCGUUAUGCACCUGGUGUCACCAUUGAGGAAGAUAAUUGCUGUGGCUGCAAUGCUAUUGCCAUUCGACGCCAUUUUCUUGAUGAAAACAUGACUUCUGUGGACAUUGUGUACACUUCAUGUCAUGAUGCGGUUUAUGAAACCCCCUUCUACGUGGCUGUAGAUCACGAAAAGAAGAAAGUAGUUAUCAGUAUUCGAGGAACUUUAUCACCAAAGGAUGCUUUGACUGAUUUAACUGGAGAUGCUGAGCGCCUCCCUGUGGAGGGUCAUCACGGAACAUGGCUUGGACACAAGGGGAUGGUGCUAUCUGCUGAGUAUAUAAAAAAGAAACUGGAGCAGGAAAUGGUGUUGUCUCAGGCUUUUGGGCGUGAUUUAGGCAGAGGAACAAAACAUUAUGGCCUAAUUGUAGUCGGCCAUUCCUUAGGAGCAGGCACAGCAGCCAUUUUGUCCUUUCUACUACGUCCACAGUAUCCAACUCUAAAGUGCUUUGCUUAUUCUCCACCAGGUGGGCUUUUAAGUGAGGAUGCUAUGGAGUACUCCAAAGAAUUUGUGACAGCAGUUGUGCUAGGCAAAGACCUUGUUCCCAGGAUUGGCCUCUCACAGUUGGAAGGAUUUCGCCGGCAACUUCUUGAUGUUUUACAGAGAAGUAAUAAACCAAAGUGGAGAAUCAUAGUUGGUGCAACCAAAUGCAUACCCAAGUCUGAGCUCCCUGAAGAGCCUGAAGGGAACUCAAUAACCAGUAACCGCCUCUGGACUCAUCCUAGUGACUUAACUAUUGCCCUGUCAGCCAGCACACCUCUCUACCCUCCUGGGCACAUCAUCCAUGUGGUUCAUAAUCAUCCUGUUGAACAGUGCUGCUGCUGUGAUCAGGAAGAACCUACAUACUUUGCCAUUUGGGGAGACAACAAGGCAUUUAAUGAAGUGAUAAUUUCUCCAGCAAUGCUACAUGAACAUCUGCCAUAUGUAGUAAUGGAGGGUCUUAACAAGGUCCUAGAAAAUUACAACAAGGGCAAAACAGCUUUGCUUUCUGCAGCCAAAGUGAUGGUGAGUCCUACAGAAGUGGACCUCAACCCGGAAUUAAUCUUCCUGAAUCAACCCCUGCCUAGUAGACCUUCUGUACAGAUUGGAAUUGGAGACAUAACAGUGGACAGAAGGAACAGCAGUACUAAGAGUAAGGCUCACUCUGAAAUCAGUUUGGAAGGGUUUUAUGAAACCAAGCUUCUGUCACCAGUGCAGAAGGAUCCUGUGGAGAUCCUGCUACUAGAUACCAAGGAACGCCUGUCUGUAGAACUGCAGGACCGGCGUGCUCCUCUUGCUACAAUGGAGAGCCUAUCUGAUAAUGAAUCCAUCUAUAGCUUUGAUUCAAGGCGUUCCUCUGGUUUUCGUAGCAUCCGUGGCUCACCCAGUCUCCAUGCAGUCAUGGAAAAAGAUGAAACUCAUUGUUUUUAUAUUGAUCCAGCAAUUCCUGAGGAGAACCCCUCUCUUAGCUCACGGACAGAACUGCUUGCUGCUGACAGCCUCUCCAAACACUCCCAGGAGACUCAACCUCCUGAGGGCCUGCAAAACAGUGGAGACACCACUCCUCAGCGGCGAUGCAGCGAUGAAGGCGCUGGUAGUGAUACCGAUCAUAUUUCCUUUACUCCAGAAGAAUUGACUCUCCAAAAUGGGAGGCUAAGUGAUGCCCCCAGCCCACAAGUGUUGGAGUUUGCGGAGUUUAUAGAUAGUCUCUUUAACCUGGACAGCAAAAGCAGUUCCUUUCAGGACAUUUACUGCAUGAUGGUAUCGGACAGCACCAGUGAUUUUGCUGAGAUUCCCAAGUCAGUCAGUGACCAGGAGAUCUUGUUAAGAGCACAGUAUGAACCCAACUUAGUCCCAAAGCCCCCCAGGUUAUUUGCAGGCUCAACAGAUCCUUCCUCAGGCAUAUCUGUUUCCCCUUCUUUCCCUCUGAGUUCUUCUGGAGAGCUUAUGGACCUCACUCCUACAGGCAUGAGUAGCCAGGAAUGCCUCACCACUAACAAAAUCCGGACUUCCACUCCCACUGGAAAUAUGACCAGUCCUGCCAAACAAGAAGACCUUGUGAUCUCAGCCCUCUAAUAUAGGAGAGAAGGUGCAGAAUACCUAAUCCUAUAAUAGUGAAUCUUGGGACAGCACUUGGAGGAGCUGGUCUCUUGGCAAGUGAGAAUGGGUGAAAAUGCAUGGGGAAGUAUUGUUUCCCUUCCUGGGUGCUACACUAAUGGCACUACAAAGGAUUUCAGCAUGAAGGAUGUCACAUCAUGGGUCAUGUUCUUUAGUUAGGGAGAAAAUCACUGCCUAAUGCAGCUUGCUGCUUUUCAGGGUCUCGUUCACUGAAGUUAGAUGAUUGGUUUCCCUACCUCAGCAUAUUUCUUUAACAAGAAGGCAGACUCAUUGCCUUUCCUGCUGAAAUUAUGAACUACUGUCCAUGGGCUAGAUGAUUAGAGUAACUGAGGUCUGAUAAUGCCCAAUUGUCAUGUCAAAAUCAAGGAAAUUGUGACAUUGGGCUUUAUUGCACUAGUGUGUCAUGUUUGAUCCAAGUACCUGUUUAUUGUUGUCAUCAUGAUUUUUUUUAUGACAUGCUCUCCUGUUUUAUAGCCAUUGACUGUGUUCCAGAGGAAUGCAGCCUCCCACUCUAAACCCUAACUGGGUGCAGUGAGAAUUGGGAUGGGGCAAACUGUGCUCCUCCGAUUAGCUCUGUGUUCAGUGAUAUCUGCUCUUCUUCUAAGAAGAAAGAAAAUACGUGUGCUGGAGAGUUGAAGGUCAUUUCCAUCUUUCAUCACCCACUGGAGGGGUGAACAGUCUCUUGGGUCUCACAUUAUUGCACAGCUCCCCAAACCACUAUGAAAUAGAGACAAUCUUGCUCUCUAGUAUAAUUGUCAUCUUUAUUUGCAUGGAUUGAUUGGUCUAAACUAGCUUUUGUUCUUCAAGAAGCUUGCCUAUGCCCUGCAUUAUUCCCCAAGUCCUUGAGUAUGGAACUAUUUUGUUCCCAUUUAUAAUUGCAGUAUAAUAUUGUCUGUCUCUGAAUUCAGGAAAAAGAGGGACUUUUACUGCAUAUUGAAAUCUCAUAUAUGUUUACAGAUCUACUAAACAUUUGGGAGGUAAUCAGGAAAUGUCUACUUUUGUGGGGAAAAUGUGCUUCUGCCCUUCCCAUUUCUCUAUUGACAUGGGGCCUAACUCAGCCAUGGAAAAAGUAAAAAGAAUUGCUAUUACUUAUCCUUACUAGAAAGUAAGUCUUACUAGAAAGUAAGACUGGAAUGUUGGCAUUAACCCUCUGUGUAUGCAUCCUAACACCCAACUGAAUAUUAUGGGCUUAAGAAUAUGAGGUAACUGCACAGCAGCAGCUCCUGAAAUCGCAUCUCGGCUAUUAAUCCUGCAGUUUGGUGCUCACAAUUAAGUUCAUGACAACAGGGUGACACUGUGUAAAAUUGCACGGAUUUUCCAAUGGUGAAAUUGGGGAUGAAAUAGCAUUUAUGUAGAAAUUAAACAUACUUGAUCUACAUACAUACAAUAAUCUUGUAUUGUACUAAAAUAUAACUGAAUAUGACAAUGCCACAGCAAAUUUUUACCUUCAGACUAGUUCAAUAUACUGUGUCUGGGUUCUACAAAAUAUACUAGACUCAUCUUACAGGUCAUGAAGUAUGUCCUUAGUAAAUCCCUUAAGUUUGCAGCUGUAAGCCUCCGAGUAGGCUGUUAAAAUAAAGUGGUUUUGAGGAAUUUUUUAAGCUCCCAUGAAUGAUUAGUAUGCUAUGUUAUGCUUAGAAGGUGUACAUUGUGAAGAAGAUUGAGAAGAACUGUACACUUUGUGGUAACAGAUAAUGUAAUCCUGCAUAUCUACUUGUAAACAGUCUCAGUGGACUCAGUGAAACUUUUUUCACAGGUAAGUGUGCUUAGAAUUGCAGUCUUACUUCUAGGAGACUGUCUACAUUCAAGUUGUUGCCUUCUAUACUUUAACACUGCAUUUAUUUUAAAUAAGUGCAAUUUACUUGAAAUAGGUCUGCAGUAGACUCAUGUGACUUCCAUUUGAGAAAAUGCAUUGAAUUGGGCUGCAAAAUUUGGUUAUAAAAUAGUAUAUUUACAUUGCAUUAAUGUAACUGAUUUUACAAUAUGAAGGAUACUGUUGAAACUGGGGCCUUUGGGAUUUAUAUGCCCUUAAAUGAGACAGGUUAACCCUAUUUUAAAGUGAUUAUCCUUUGGAAUGAUAAAUUUCUACACUUAAAAUAAUGUUAAUUUAAUGAUUUAGGGUCAUCCCAGUUUUACAGCUUUGUUUUCAAAUGUUCUUCUUUUUCCAAGAAUACUUGCAUCAGUCAAGAACAAUUCUGCCCAUCUUCAAAAAAAAAUCUGUCUUUUGUACAUAGUACAACACAACAAUAGUUGUUGUCACUCAUUUAGAUUACCAUAAAUAUGUGCUACCCUAGGCCUGGGCUAACAAAAUGUUCUUCACUAAAGAAAUAAUAAUAAGUAGAACAAAUAAAUUAUAAAAUAUAAUAAAUAAUAAAUAAGUAGAAAUAACAUUGAGCUAUUAAAAGUAAAUUCAUACUUUCAAACAUUCAGGUAUUCUUUGUGAUGAAAGCACAUAACAAAGACUUCAGUGAAAUUUGGAAAAGAAGAGAUAUUGGUAAGUUUAAGGUGCAGAUCCAGAUUGAGUGGCGUAAGGAUCUGAGAUGAAUAAUCUAAAUUGGUUGGUUUAAGUCAGUUGAUCACAUAAAAGCAAUGUUUUGUAAAUUGAACUAUAUUCAGUUAUUAUCUUAGGGCUAUGAUGUCUGGUUUGCAAAAUCCAGAGUUAAUAUUUCUGUUUUUGCUAAUAUCCAAUGGUUAUCUAAUGAUAGUCCUAGUUAAUACUUAGCACCUAGAUAAUUCUUUAAACAUCAAAGCACUUUACAAAGUAAAUAAUCUUCCCACGCUAGGUCAUGAGAACAUCAGAUGGGGGGGGUGAGGGUUUAUGCUUAUAAUUGAAAGAAGCCUAUAUGAUGUAUUAUUUGUAGUAAUGUUAUUAAAAAUAUAUAUUGAGGUUACAUUAUAUAGGUUCUUCCUUAAAAUAAUUAUUUUAGAUUUAGAGAGUACUGAAAACAAUCAGGUAGCUGAUGCAGCUUUGCUUGAAGAAGAAUUUAAUUUGUUUUCCUGGUGAUAGAUCAAGCUAUUGCACUACAAUGUCACGUCUGACCUGAAGGUGAUUUUAUUGUCAUUUCUUAGAGGUUGUUGUUAUUUUUAUUUUAAAGUUGUUGGAUAGUGUCCUUAAGAUUUUUCUUGCUUACUUUCUUGCCUGGGGCGGGAAGAAUUUAUCUAACUGAAUCCCAGUUUAUCUGUAUAAUUUAGGGAUUUUUCUUCAAAAAGGAAAAACACAUUGUGGUGACUCAUAUUCUUCAACUAAUCUUGAGUGGCUAUAGUAAAAUGGAAAUUGACUGGGAACAUUUAGUUGUGUCAGUUUACAACAUUCCAUUUGCCUCUUAUAUUCUUAUUUAUUAUAUUCUUUUAGUGCUAGUUGACUAUUUUAAUAUAAAUCUAAGUGGUAUAUAAACAUAUCCAGCAAUAUUAAUAUUUCUUUCAACUGGAAAUGAUCUACAACUGAUAUAAAUUCAGUGGCCUGUUGAGUUUCAUGCCUAAAUGUGGUACUACCUCUUUCAUUCCUAGAUAAUGCUACUGUUCGCAUGUAUGCUCCCUCUGCCUUGCUGAAUUGGUUUUCAUCAUUUUCCCCCCUAUGUCUGAAAAGUGCCACUCUGUUUAGUUACAAUCUAUUAUUGUUUUACAUUAAUAGUUAUUAGAUCUUGAAUGGAAAUUAUACCACUCGGAUGAAUGUUUGAAGCAGAGUUGGCCAUCUGAUUUACAUUAGCAAAUUGGAUUUGUGCACUUUAACAAGUAUUAAAUGCAAAAGUUCCUUAAAUAUGCUGAUGCUGCUUUGCCAAAGAUGCCCUCACAAUCUUUCAGAUGACAUGUUACAAGUUAGCACAGCUAGGCAAUCUGGAUCUUUUGCACAGCAGUAUGGAUUAGGAUUAUGCCUAAUGGACAGAGAUUUAAAAAAAAAAAUACAAAGUAAGUGGGGGGUUCAAACUGUCAGUCUCUGAAUGUAGCUAAAGAAUAUAUGUGACACAUUUUAUCAAUAGGUCUUUUAUUGUGCUUAAAUAUAAGUGUAUAAACAAAAAAAUUACAAUAAAAUUUCAGUGAUUGGGUAGCCAUUAUCAAAUAAAAUCAGAAAUAGGUACAUAAACUUGCAUUUUGUUUAAUUAAUUGCACAUCUUAAAAUAAUUUAUUGAUGUUCUGAUGAAUUAGUGGAAGGUUGUUUCCAUUAUAAAUAACUGAAAGGGGGUGUUCUUAAAAUUUACCCAGAUCAAUAGUGUUAAUGUUAGUUCUUCUGAACAUGUUUGUUCCAGACAUAAAUCCUAUUAUUGAAAGAUUUGUGCCAAAUAUGGAGAAUGGAAACUUCAUUUUAUGGUAAUUCAUGUGGUUUUAAAUAUACAUUGAUCUUUCCAUAA